AUGCAGAGUGCGAAGAAGCGUGAGGUAUGCUACGAGGCGCGGGACUUGUAUCAUAAGUGUCUCGAUACGCUUCCCGAGGAUUCUGAAAAGGAGUGCGCUGAUCAAAAAAAGGCUCUGGCGAAGGCUUGCCCUCCCAGCUGGAUCAACUACUUUGAAAAACAGCGAGAAAGAGAACUGAUCCUUCAAAUGCAGUUAGAUCAAAACCACGGCCGUGAAAGUUAG